AUGAAUAUCAUGCGAAAACUGCGUGGUAGUAAUACUACCACAUCUACAACUGGUGAAAAUUCUCGUCUGUUUGAAGAAGAUUCUAGUCAACAUACUGCUCUUGGUUUAAUGCAUUUAAAGAAACUUUUUACUGAUUACAUUCAUACAUCACACCUGCUAACUGACAAAGAACGUAGUACAAAACUGUAUACUAUGAUUCCUUUAUUUUGCAAAGUUUUUGGCAGAAGUUCAUGUGCAGAAAUUAUUGAAAAAUUUUGUGACAUUAAUAGCUGGUGCUCAGAAAUGUCAGCUCUUAUGGUUGCAGAAAUCCGACAACGUGCGUCUAAUCAAUCAACAGAAACUGCUAGUAGAGCUAUUGCUAGCUUUUUAGAAAUAGAGAACUGUGAAGAAUCUAGUAAUGGAUGGAUGCUUUUAUCUACAUUAAACUUAUUAGCAGCAACUAACCAACCAUCUCUUAUAAAAAUAAUGGUAUCUGCAUCUCUUCCUUCAACAUUAGUAAAAUGUUUGUAUCUUUUUUUCGACUUGCCUCCUUUAGAGAAUGAAGAUAAAAAGACUGAUCAAAGUGAUUUUACUCCAAAAGAACGUCGUAUUUUGUUGCAAAAAAUUUUUGUGCAAAUAUUAGUAAGACUGUGCAGUAAUCAUUUACCAGCCGAAGAAUUAGUCACUAAAGAUGAUUUAUCUUUAUUAUUCUCUGCUAUUACAAGUUCUUGUCCCUCUUAUAAUGCUGUAUGGAGGAAAUCUUCUGCUGAAGUUUUAAUAACAAUUUCACAACAUGGAAUUACACCAAAAGUUAUACAGUAUAUUCAUGGAAAGAACUGUAUUGAAUUGUGUGUUGAAAAUAUGCGACAAUGUGCAGAUUUAAGUCCAUUAGAAGUAGUUGAUAUGUUUGUUACUGUAUCUUAUUUUUUAAAAGAUUCAUCUGAGAUAUCACAAGUAUUACUUGAUGACUUUAAUACAGCACAAGGUUAUAAAUUCCUAUCAGACUUUCUUGUCAGUUUGGAAAAUGAUGAAUCUAGUGAAGCCCUUGAAGCGAUGAGGAAUCUUGUAUUGAUAAUUGCAUCUCUUUCUAUGAGUGGUUAUAUUGAACUGAAACCAAAUCAAGAACAACCUGACUCAUUGUUACAACUUUUAGGAUUUACUUUACCUCAACCUACUGGGCGUGGUCAAAGUGUACGGAAUAUAUGUGCAUUCAAUGUUCUCCAAACUACAUUUAUUCGAUCUGAUUCUAGUGCAUUAUGCUGUACAAUUCUUGAUGCAAUAUCAAAUGUUUAUCAUUCUGAUAAUGCAAAUUACUUUAUAUUGGAACCACAAAAUACAUUGCCAGAAUUUACUGAACAUAUACAUUUAAAAAAUCAACAGAUACAAGAUAAAUUUUUCAAGCUCUUAGAGUUCAUUGUUUUUCAACUUAAUUUUGUUCCAAUUAAAGAAUUAGUUUCAAUGGCUCAGUUAUUAAAAACAUGUAGCUCUACAGAAUGUACUAGAGUCUGUUUACAAACUCUAUUAAAUAUACUUAAGCACAAUAAUACAUUUAAAGAUGUAUUUAGAGAUGUUGGAAUACUUGAGGGAUUAUCAAACAAUUUAAGAAAUUACACUCAAGACUAUCUCUCCGAUUGUGAAUCAAAAGACGAGAAACACGAUGGUGAUCUAAAACGGGUGAUCAACUUAACUGCAGAAUGUUUAGUUAAUCUUAUGAUAUCUUCACCAAAAAAUUGUAAAGUUUUCAAAGAAUGUGGCGGUGCUCAAGUACUAUAUAUUAUACUUGAAUAUCCAUCAACUCGUCAAUAUGCUACAGCUAUAUUACGAGAAAUGAUAUUAAGCACUGGCGGUGAAGAAGAAAUGUCUACACUUUUGGGCACCCUCCAUACAGCUGAUAAUACUUGUUUACCAUUAAAAUCUAGUAUUUUAAAAUUAUUUUUGAGUUGUAUGAAAGAAAGUCACCGUACAAGAACCAUGUUUCGUAAAGUAGAUGGUUUUGUUUAUGUAAUAAGUGCAUUGGUGUCAAUGGAAGGCUGGUUUUCAGAUGAAAAACGUGUUGAUCAAGAAGCUUUAAAAUUUGCUUACAUAAUUUUUAAUACAAUUACCAUAGCUAUGCGCUUUGAACCAGCAAACGCAAAAUAUUUUCACCAAGAAAUUUGUUUGACAAGUUUAUGUGACACAUUAAGAUUAUUAGGUUGUUUUUCAAAUGAAAUUCAACUAGAUGACUAUAUUGAUUUAAUAACUACAUCAUUAGAAGAAAAUGUUUUUCAUAACAUAUUCACAAGCAACACAAUCAACCCUGUAAUUACUGACAAUGUUCCAAAGUUUCUUUCUUAUGCCUGUAUAAUAAUGAGAAUGCUUUAUGAUGUUGCUCUUGAUUUGUAUGAUAAACAGAGUAAUACCACUGUUGUAUCAUUCAAGUCACCUGCCCAUAGACGAUACAGCGAAGUGGCUACAAAACCUUUAGAUUGUCAAAAUAAUAAUCGUCGUGCAAUACAACUCAACUUAACACCUCCUGCACCAGAUCCCAUUAUUGUUCAUGCCGGCGUUGUUAUUGCUAUGUUACAACUACUACCAUCAAUUUAUAAUCCAACGGCUCCUAAGCUAUCACUUACAUUGCAAGUUUAUAUAGGUGAAGUAAUCAGAUCUUUAGUUCGUGGUGAAAGAAAUCAGCAGCUUCUAUGUGAUUCUGGAUUUCCAACUACUGUUUUAAAAGUAGGACGAAUAGCAUUAUUGGAAGAAACUCAUCCACUUCAUACAGUGUUUCAGUAUAUGUUAGAGCGUUUAGCUAUUCAGCUAUUAGAACCAAAGGAUUUGCGAGAAUUUUUGAGACUUGGAGAACCCCUUUGUUGUGUCCCAUUAGAUUUACUAGACUGUUGGAUAAGCCACAGUAGUAAAAAACCAGGUGGAACAGUACCACUAAGCCGUGUUAAAACUCUUGUAUCUAUGACUACCCCUAGAGAUCCUUGUAUGCUUGCACUGCCGCCAUUUUUUGAAAUGGAUUUGUCUUCUGAAGGUUUCGGAUGCUUAUUUUUACCCAGUAUUGCUCCACAGUCUCCAAUUAGUGGACCUUCAGUUGUUAAUGUCGCUACAUUAACUACUCCUGAUAUGAAUGUAAUUGGUGGAAUAGGAACUGGUGACCGAAUGUUUCCGCCUCAGAGUGGUCUUAGCUAUUCAACAUGGUUGUGCGUUGAAAAAUUUUCAGAACCAAGAAGUGACCCUCACCCUGUUCGACUUCUGACCUUAAUAAGAAAUGUGCAAAAUACUAGAGACCAUUUAGUGUGUUUAGCAGUAGUGUUGUCUGCUCGAGAUAGAGCACUUACCAUAUCCACUCAAGAGACUCCAAUAUCAAUGACAAAUGCUGAUUGGGAGCCAGAGGUCAUUGGUGAUUCAUGUGUAAGAAUUUGGUAUCCAGAUUUUGUACAAGAAGGACAGUGGCAUCAUAUUGUAUUAGUUUUAAAUAGAGCCGUAUUAAAAAAUUCAUCAUUUUCUUUGUAUAUGGAUGGUCAACAUGUACAUACUCAAAAACUGCAUUAUAUAUCUCAAAAUCCAGGCGGUGGUGCAGCUAACUUAACAAUUGCGUCUUCUGUUUAUGGAUACAUAGGAACUCCUCCAAUUUGGAGAAAAUAUUCAAAACUGACAUGGAAACAAGGGCCAUGUUGUUUAUUAGAAGAGGUAUUAAAUCCUCAUGCUAUAAAAAUUUUGUAUCAGCUUGGUCCUCAUUAUUUUGGAAGUCUACAAGCACCUGAUAUUAAAGAUUUAGAACAUAUUGGACCUUUGGUAUCUGAAGAGAAAGUAAUUUUUGGAUUGAAUGCGAGGGCAGUUUCUCAGUUAACUUUGGCAAAAAUACGAAAAAUAUAUAGCAGAGUGGAUAGCAAAUCAAUUGCAAAACAGCUUGGGAUGUCUACUCACGAAAAUGCUACUCCUAUUCGGAUAAUGCACAACACGGCUGGACAUUUAGCUGGUUCAGCUAGAAGUUUAGGUGGUGUUAUAUUGGGGUAUUUAGGAGUACGCACAUUUUAUCCCCGUCCAGUUUUAAAGUUGAUUGAUAACAUUGGAGGCUGUUCUGUAUUAUUGGGAUUAAUUGCAAUGGCAAGAGAUAUGGAAAGCUUAUAUGCGGCUGUUAAAGCUUUAAGUGGAGUACUACAUUUAAAUAUGACAGCAAAACGAGAAAUGGAACGUAGGCGUGGAUAUCAACUCUUAGCAUUAUGUUUACGUAGGCAUAAACACAUGUUAAAUGCCCAUAUUCUACACAUCAUACUCGAUUUAGUUAUAACAACUAGAAGUGUUGAAGCCCCUACUAUACCAGAUGCUGUUGCAUUUAAUGAUUUGAUUUGCGAGUUAAAUCUUUGGCAAGAAGUUCCAGCUGGUCUUUUACGAUCACUUAUUGAACAGUUAUAUGAAUUGGUGUCCGACUCAAAUGAAAAAAGAAACAAUUUAAUAAUAUUAAGAAACAUGGAAAUGGUUCGUAAAAUGGUGAACUUUUUACCAAUUGUUUUUAAUACUUCUACGUCAUCGACUACAGAAGUAUUGUUUUCAUUACUUGGAGCACUUUUAGCAAAACACCCAUUAACUGAAGAUUUAUUAUGCCUUGGUCAGUAUAUUGUGUUCACAUUGAACACUGGCCUCAGUACAGAAUCAAGUCUUAGAGUUGAAGAGUUUGAAACAAGAAUAAAGACUACGGAAAAUAAUGCUGAAUUGACUAAUGAAGAAAAAACCAUUUGUCUAAUAUUACUACGUAAUCGUUAUCUUCAACUUGUACACUCCCUUUUGUUCACUAAUAAAAACUUAGUUUGUACUGGGUUCUGUGAUGAUCUUGUUCGGGUCUUAGGAUUUGACUGGGUACUGUUAUUUAUGCAAUCAAAUAUACAUAGUUCUUCAAUAAUAUGGACUUAUAAAAUCCUUACUACAUUGUGUUCUGUACCUUCAUUAAUGGUAAAAUUUAGAGAAGCAUCCAGUAAUGGUGGUUGGCUGUUAAAUACUGAACUUUUGCAAAAUAAUAGAGCAAAUUUAAUGCUAAAUUACCAACUUUCUCCAAGCUUACAAAAGAACAAUAAAGACAUACUUAACAAAAUGGAAGCAUUAAACAUACCAGGUUUUCAACACCUAUCUUGGUUUUUAUCUUAUCAUACUGAACUGCCUGAACUAUAUUAUUUUCUAAUGGCUUUAAUGUUGGGACAACCAGCUAAGACAAUUCCUAAUGAAAAAAAAUUGAAUCUUGAUGGCAUUUGGAUUUUUAUGUUUGGUGUUCCAAUUAGUCAGUCACUUUCAGCUGUUAGUGAUCGUAUUGUACUGUGUCCAGAAGCUGUCACUGCUCUUUUGUCAACUGUGAGAUUAAUCUUAAACCAAGAUAACAGAGAAAUUAAAUAUGAAGAAUGGUUAGAAGAUCAUCCAGUUACUAUAAUUCAGUUUCUUUUUUACCUGUACCAUAACUUGCCAGAUUGGAUGCCAGCAUUUAUGACAUCUGAAAUUUUACAUUCCUUAAGUGCAACACUUUUUCCAUUUACAAACUUGAACUUAAGUGAACCAUCCACACCAAUUGAUGACUGUUUUAUAAAAACACCAGAUGGAACUCCUCCUUCAAUUGUUCAUAAAGAACAGUCAUUAACUGUACAUCCUUCUAGAAAAUUUGUUAUUGAUUUCUUAAGAGUAAUUGUUGUUGAUUCACUUCUAUUACCUAUAAAUAGCAAAUCAUUACCGCCCCUAGAUUUAGUUCUUGAUGCUUCACCAGAAGGUGCAACUUCAUCUCAAGUAUCAAAGUACCAAACUGAACUGCUAUCAACAUUAAUGGAUCACUUGUUAGCUGCUGAUAUUAUGAUUGGAGAACAAGCUGCUGUGUCCACUGUUCCUGGUGGUAGCUCUCAAAACAUUCCUCAAAAUGUUUGUUAUUUAACAUGCCGUGUCGUUGACAAACUAUGGCAGGGUGUUUUAAUAAAAGACGCACAUGAAGUAUUUGAUUUCAUUAUGAAAUUAAUUGUCCAAGCAAAACGAAGACCAUGUUCUGUUCCCAUGGAAGGAUUUUACCACUGUCUCAAUAGAACUACUUUGUAUUUGCUUUCAAGAAAUACGGAUUCUAUAGCCUCACAAAUGCCAGUUUUGGAAGCAUUACACAAACUUACCACUAAUAGAACGUUGGUAUUUGGAUCUGGCAAUCACGAACUGGAUUUUAUUGGGUGUCUUAUUUAUUGUUUAUUGCAGUUGACUUCUGAUAUGAAAAUAAUACUGGAUACAAAUGCAAAAACUACAUGGCAUAUAAAUCCAAAUCAAACUGCAGAGGUUGAAGAACAAACAGCGAAACAAGGACAUAAUUUGAUGGCAGUUGCUGCAAAACGUGUUUGGGAAGAAUUAUAUAUAUCAAAAAAGCCAGCUAUUGAGGAGGUUUUCAAAAUUCCAUUACCAAUGUCACCAAAUAACAAAGCUCCAGAUCUACAUUCGGUUCGUGAACUUAUUUAUGAGAUUGCUCAAAAACAUUGGUUAACUUAUAUUGACAUGGAGAAAAAGUCAUUGUAUAAAAUGCCUUGGGAACUUCAAACACAAAUCCAAUCAAAAAUACAGAAAGUUACUGGUGGCUUAACUAGACUUGCAUCCCGUGGCAAAGUACUUAGACGUGAUGAAAGCCGUUGGCAAAGUGGAAGUCUUUCAAGUAUUUCACUACCAUUAUCAAGAAUUACUAAAAGUGAAUGGUCUACAUGGGCUAACCAUGGUUUAAAUGCAGUAUGCGAAUUAGUUUCUAUGCAAAUGGCACGGCAAGCUCAACAUCAAUCAUUUACUGUGCGUUAUGUUCUGGAUCAAUGGUAUUUAAUAGAACAAGAAUUAACUAGGGAAAGAGGACUUUGGGGUCCUUUUACUUCCUGCAAAUUAGACAAGUGGAUAUUAGAUAUGACAGAAGGUCCAUGUAGAAUGCGUAAAAAAAUGGUAAAAAACCAUCAGUUCUAUAGUCAUUACCCAUAUCGACCAGAGCUUGAGUCUGGAGACAAUAAAGGAUUAAAGUAUCGUGUGGCUACAAGUUAUGAUAGCAAAGAGUUUUGUCAAAAAUAUAAAUUACCGACAUUAAUAGAUAUGGAAAAUUUAGCUCCACAAUCUAACGAAAAUAAUAAAUUUAUAACACAAAUUGUUGGUCAAGAUACCUUUGACUUUGACAAAAAUCUAGAUGAUACUGAAUUACCUUUCAAAGGAUUAAAAAGAGUUGUUAGAAGAUCAACAUCUGAACCAGAUGAUGGAAUGGAUGAUAAUGACACAGAAAGUGGAAUUGAAGAUCAAGCACCGCCAGAUGACAAUCAUACAAUUAUUAGACUUUUGGAACCAAAUGAAAAAAUUAGUCAUAUGUUUCGGUGUGCAAGAAUUCAAGGUCUAGAUACAUAUGAGGGCUUACUUUUGUUUGGUAAAGUCCAUGUCUAUAUUGUUGAUGGUUUUACUUUACUUAAAACUAGAGAAAUUAGAGAUAUUGACACUUUAUUACCUAAUUCGUAUGAGCCAUUAUUACCAAGUCCUGGAAAUGGAAGUCCAAAUCGUGUGCGAAUUAAAAAACAAAGUUCUAAGUUUUCAUAUGAUGAUAUAAGGGAAGUGCAUAAAAGACGAUACUUAUUACAACCAAUUGCUGUAGAAUUGUUUUCUGCUGACGGACGUAACCAUUUAUUGGCACUACCAAAAAAACUAAGAAACAAAGUUUUUAAUAGAUUCAUGGCAUAUUCAACAUCAAUUGCAGACAAUGCUCAACAAUCAGUUGCUGGGCAAAAAAGAACAGCAAAUGUUGAACAAAGCACAAGCCUUCUUUCAAACCUAAUGGGAGAAACAACAGUUACCCAAAGAUGGGUGAAAGGUGAAAUAUCUAAUUUUCAAUACUUAAUGCAUUUAAAUACAUUGGCUGGACGAAGUUACAAUGACCUUAUGCAGUAUCCAGUAUUUCCUUGGAUACUAAAUGAUUAUGAAUCUGAUGUACUCGACUUUUCAAAUUCUGCCAUUUUUAGAGACUUCUCUAAACCAAUGGGUGCUCAAUGCCCUCAACGUCUUGAGCAGUUUUUAAAAAGGUACCGUGAAUGGGAUGAUCCUCACGGCGAGACUCCUCCGUAUCAUUUUGGUACCCAUUAUUCAUCAGCUAUGAUAGUAUGUUCGUAUUUAGUUAGAAUGGAACCAUUUACUCAGCAUUUUCUCAGACUACAGGGUGGACAUUUUGAUUUGGCUGAUCGUAUGUUCAAUAGUAUUCGGGAAGCAUGGUUAUCUGCUUCAAAAACUAACAUGGCUGAUGUCAAAGAGCUUGUACCAGAAUUCUUUUAUCUACCAGAGUUCUUGGUUAAUUCUAAUAAUUUUGAUUUGGGAUGUAAGCAAAAUGGAGUGCAAUUGAAUGAUGUAGUUUUACCUCCGUGGGCUAAAGAUGAUCCACAUGAAUUUAUUCGAGUACAUAGAGCAGCGCUUGAAUCAGAAUAUGUAUCUCAGCACCUUCAUGAAUGGAUAGAUUUAAUAUUUGGCUACAAACAGUUAGGCCAACCAGCUGUACAAGCUUGUAAUCUUUUUCACCAUUUAUUUUAUGAAGGGAAUGUUGAUAUAUACAGUAUUGAUGAUCCAUUAAAGAAAAAUGCAACCAUUGGAUUUAUAAAUAAUUUUGGUCAAAUUCCAAAGCAGCUUUUUAAGAAACCUCAUCCGAAUAAAAAACAACCAACUAAUAAAGCAUCAAUGCUUGAUGCUGCUAAUCCAAUUUUAAAUUCCAGUACGAAUUUAAGUUUGGCCGACAAACUUUUUUUUUAUCAUUUAGAUAACUUAAAACCAUCAUUACAACCAAUCAAAGAACUAAAAGGUCCCGUUGGUCAAAUUCUCCAAGUUGAAAAGAAUGUAUUAGCAGUUGAACAGAAUAAAGCAUUAAUGCCACCAAGUUUCAAUAAGACUAUAACUUGGGGUUUUGCUGAUCAUAGUUUAAGAUUAGCACAGUAUGAAACUGAUAAACCAAUUGUAAUCUGCGAAAGCUCGAGUCAAUCACCUGGUGAAAUUGUAACUUGUGUAUGCCCUACAUCUAAGACUGUUAUUACCGCUGGAACUAGCACAGUAUUAACUGUAUGGGAGUUAGAUUUAAACAACAAGUCUUUAAGAAUUGUGGAUAAUCUGUAUGGUCAUACAGAAGCUGUGACUUGUUUAGCUGCUAGUGAUACAUAUAAUAUUGUUGUGUCUGGUAGCAGAGAUUGUACAGCUAUAGUUUGGGAUUUAUGUACAAAAGCAUUUGUGAGACAAUUAAAGAAACAUAAUGCUCCAGUUGCAGCACUAGCAAUUAAUAACUCAACAGGCCAAAUAGCUUCAUGUGCUGGUACUAUGUUACAUGUUUAUACUAUAAAUGGUGAAGAAUUAGCUAAUGUAGAUACAAGUGUUGGACGGGCUGAUAGAAUGCAACAAAUAUUAUGUGUAGCUUUUUCUCAAGCUAUCGAUUGGGAUCCUCAAAAUGUAAUUAUCACUGGGUCAUCGGAUGGAGUUGUUCGAAUGUGGUCAAUGGAAUAUGUGCAAGUUCCUAAAGUUCCAUUGAAUACCUCAUCAAUGGAAUCUUCUGUAUUAAAAGAUUGUAGUGAUGAAAAGAAUAAAGAGGUUGGUGAGCAUUGUUGUACAUUAAAAACACGGACAAUUGCUGUUCAAAGACUGGUCAAACAAUUAAGUUUAUCAUCAGAAACUAUUAAUGAACAAGGAUCAGUAAUGAAAAGUGGGUCUGAGAGUAGUCUAUCAGAACAGGAACCAAAAACCCCUAUAAAAAAAAUUGCCAGAGCAGAUAAAAUUGUUUUUGCUGACGAAAACGAUUCAAUACCUCCAGUUCCCAUUAUGAGGAAAAAAAGGGCAAUGAAACCUAAUCCAUUGCUUCGAAAAUCUGAGUGUAGCACAUCAAGUUCAACUGAUGAGCCAAAUAUUCAACAAGAAUCUUUAACAGUCACUGAUUCAGUAUUAAGAUUGAGUAAAAGUGAAACUAAUCUCAUAGAAUCAUUUGUUGUUGUUGACCAAGAUGAUUUGAGCUUAAAAACCAAACCUGUCAGUCCUUUACAUAGAUUGAGAGAUGGGUUUCAGUGGCAGCGUCAGUUAGUGUUUCGCAGUAAAUUAACUAUGCAUACAGCUUACGACCGUAAAGACAACACUGAGCCAGCUUCAAUAACAUGCAUAUCAAUUUCAAAAGAUCAUCGGACAGUAUAUAUUGGUGAUGCCAGAGGACGAGUAUUUACAUGGAAUGUAGCUGAGCAUCCUGGGAAAGGUGUGGCUGAUCAUUGGUUGAAAGAUGAAGGAGCAGAGCAAUGUAAUUUAUGUGAUGUUCGAUUUUCAUUGUACGAAAGACGUCAUCAUUGUCGUAAUUGUGGACAAUUAUUUUGCUCAAAGUGUAGCAAGUAUGAAUCUGAAAUAUCAAGAUUACGAAUACUGAAACCAGUGCGGGUGUGUAAGCCUUGCCACACAUCAUUGCAGCCAGCCAAACACACUUAG